AUGAACCAAGAUCAAGUAGAGGACGAACAGCAGCCAAUGGAUGCUUUUGCCAGUGCUGGUGAAGAGCAGGAGGGAGACGAUGAGAAUGAAGAACUUGACCAUCGACAGAGAGGUGAAUCUCCAGUAUUGACUGCAAGUGGUCGACCUACUCGUGCAGCUGCAUUGAAAAAAACCAGCCCUCAGAAACCUUCAAGCACUCCCAUUUCCUCAAAGAGAAGAAGAAGAACUACACAGGAGAAUCCUGGGGCUGGACAGACAGACGGCGAGUCUGAUGCUGAGCUUCAUUUGCCAGCCAAAAGUUCAAGAGGAAGACCAGGCCGCAAACCAACACAUGCUGCAGAGUCGGGCCUGAAUACUGAGCAUGAGGAUGGCAUGGACGUUGAUGUAGAUUCUGAUGCAAGGGCUGCAGAAAGCCUUGCGGAUUUGAAUGGAGAGGCCGAUACUGACGACAAGGCAACCGGUGCUGAUGGUGCAGUCGACGCUAUAUCUACAGCUACCUCUAGAGCCAUGCAACAGGCGGAUGCGCGUCGGAGAGCCAUGGGCGAGCACUCUGAUAUGGAUACUGACGAGGACGCCGAUCUUGAUGUAGAUCCAAAGGGCGAAGCCAAGAUUAGUAAAGACGGAUUCUUGCUUGGAGGACGAGAGUUUCGCAUCAAAACGUUCACUCUGCCUCGUCAUCCUACCAGACUUUACAUGUUUUCUCUAGAAGCAUCCAAGAUUCUUGGCUUUCGUGACACUUAUAUAUUUUUCCUUCGCAAUCCAAUGGUUCGUCGUGUAAAUGGCGAUGAGCCUGAUCGUGACUUUCUUCGUGAUCAAGGUUUGCUGCCAUCUCAACUACGCAAUCGCCCAAUUACGUUGGUAACUGCUCGGAAUCUUUUUCGAGUGUUUGGGCACAAAAUCAUUCGUCGUGGCAAGCCUGUGCGUGAUGAUUACUUUGUAGGAGACCAAGUGGAGCCUUUGUAUUAUCCAGAGCCUCGCCAAGAGCUGGAUGAUGAUGCUGAUUUUACUGCUGAUUUUAUAAAAACAUUAUCUUCUACAGAAGGUGGUCCAUUCACUCGCCAGUCUGCUCCAAUUACCAUUUUGGGAUUCAAUCACACAGAAUCCCCCAUGGAAAGAUUUGAACCAUUGGUAAUUUCACAAGAGUUGCGACAGGACAGCUGGAUGCUUAAAUGUGCGCUUUCAGCUGCCGAAUUCAACCAGCGGCUUAAUAAGCUUCGACCUACACGGUUUUUUGAUCUUCACACCAACAUUGAACAAAUUCCUCUCAUCACUCAGCCUAUGCUUGUUAAUGUCGAAAUGCGUGAAGGAUCGGAGCAGCGGCCUUUUGUUUUCGACAAGGCACUCAAUAUACGCAGUCCUUCUAGCAAGCCACAAUCUCAUUGGAUUAAUGUUUCAGAUGACGUGAUUGCUAGUAAAUAUCCUCUUGCAAUUGCUCCCCAGCAAUAUCAGGGGGCCUUUUCUCUCUAUCGGGAGCGAUUUAGUGAGAAAGAUGGUGCUUGCCAGGAUCAGGAACGAGUACCACUUUCUAUUCAGAAACAAAUGGAGGUAGAAGUUCAAGCACCAGCCAUUGCAGCCACUCCAUUUUCUUCUACAGUCGGGUUCAAUCCAUCUGUGCAAGCUGAGCCUCAACCUCGAAAGCGAAGUGAGAGGUCUCGAGUUCAGCAGGGAUCUACAGAGCCAGAAGAAAAUGUGUGCUGUCAUUGUUUUGCCCAUAAUUGUCCAGUAGCCUCUGACACGAUUCCUUCAGAUCUGCUGCUCAACUGUACCCAGUGCGGUACUAAACAUCAUCCUCGCUGUAUUGAGUUUGAAGACAAGGUGUUGAUUACAAAAGUCAUGACAUUUGACUGGCGGUGCAGUAACUGCAAGCUAUGCACUGUGUGCAAUAAUGCUGGAGAUGACGACAAGCUGUUAUUUUGUGAUACAUGUGAUCGUGGAUAUCACAUGUACUGCCUAAAUCCACCGUUGGAAGUUUUGCCUGAAGGAUCUUGGCUGUGUUCUGAGUGUGCAGUAUGCAAAUCUUGCAAAAAGCGACCUGAAAAGCAAGAAGGGACUGAGGAUAUGUGGAGGCAUGUAGUCAUACCUCCUUCGCUUUCGUUACAGGAAAUUCAGAUUAAGCCGCCGCCAGCCACGUCAGCUCUAGGUACAUACCUCUGCACGUACUGCACGGAUUGCUACGAUCAUUUUGAAGCAGAUCGCUUUUGUCCGUUGUGUAUUCAUGUCUAUAGCGAAGACUCUGAUGAUUUGGCUAUGGUUUGCUGCGAUGAAUGUGACAGAUGGGUACAUGUUGGAUGCGAUCCAGAACUGACAGAUGAUGUAUAUCAAAAACUAGUCGAGCAAGAAGAGCCUGCAUUUACUUGUGCACUUUGUGAUACUAAUAAACGCGAGCAGCUGCUGGAGACACGCCGGGUUGAGCAGGAUGGGAUUCAUCUAUCUACUGUUGAAUUCAAAAAGCAUUUCCUUGUUGCACCUCCUUUAGUGAAUAAAUGAAUGCAUUGAGCAGA